AUUAGCACAAAAGAUGCUUGCAAUUGCCAUGGGAAGGGUGAAGAUCACGAGCGUUUCUCUGCCAAGUCCGACCUGCAGGCUUUGAUGAGGAGACGCCACAGAGGCUUCGUCCUGCGUCCAACCAGUACUUUCGGCCAGUUUGAGUCCGCGCUAUCGCCAGUCAUUAGCCAGUACAUCCGUAUCGCGCAGGAAACCAAAUUCGAGAAGAUAGGUAACCUACUCUUCAACAUUUGGCAAUUGCCCAAACCGGAGCUUGUUCUCACGUUUUACGGCUCUGAUCCAAAAUGUGCAGGAUUAACCAAACUGCUCCAAAGAACUCUUGGGAAGAUCACCCGGCAGACACGAACUUGGCUUUUGACGGACGGUAAGUUAGGUGGCACGGCUGAGCUCGUGGCCCAGGCAAUGCGCGGUUACACAGAGGCCUACGGGAUGAAGGAACUGCAAGUCAUCGGACUCACACCGUGGGCUCUACUGGCCAACGCUGAAUGUCUUCGUUCGGACGACUUUCUGGUACGUACUCCAGCCUCCUUUACUGCGUUUGCCGUCCAUAUGCGGACAAUGUAA